AAUUUGCCUGUAGCAAGCGUCCAUACAUGUCUCUGUAACCUGCAUAAAUACUGCAUAGUAUAGUCAAGUCAUGCUAGGUACAGCCUGUACAGUACGAGUUCUCCACCGGAUCUAGCGAAGUGCAGCCAGGAAGCUCAAUAGAUUCCACGUCGCUAAGACUCUCCGCUCCAAACCAAUCUAACAGCCUGACUCGUGUCUCAGGGUGGUCGGGCACUUUGACUAAACACUAUCUGUAGUCGUGGAAACGUGCCUCUCCGGUUGGACAUCAAGUGGAGAGGCUGGGGCAAGGAUGACAUGCAGAUCUGCGUGUUUAUCUACAACACUCUGGAGAGAGCUCACAUGUCUCUCUCCCCCCUCCUCUCUCUCUCUCCCCUGCCCACUCUGACUACAUCCGCUGCAUCGCAGUUCACCCAACACAACCUUACCAGCAGCGGUUUGUGGCGGUGUGUGAGGAACAAGAGCUUCGGUUCAGCACAGGAGUUUGUCUGGGGCCACGACUCCUCAGAUUAAAUCAAGUCAACCCCACCUAGACCACUCAUACAAGUCCUCUGUAGUCCAUCCACGGUCUAGUCUGGUCAGGCUGACUUAAACACUUUUGUUUCUAUGGCAGGUAUGCUACUCGGGAGAGCACCAGCAUGGUCAAAAUAUUCAAAAACUUCAAGCAGAAGAAGUCUUUUAAACCAGACUCUGGGGCAGAAGCUGGUGUGUAUUGCCACGGUGGAGUCUUUCUUUAUGCUGCGCUACCUGGCUGAGAAAGUGGCAACAGCACAGGAGACCGAGGAGGGAGUCACCGAGGACGGGAUAGAUGACUUCUUCGAGGUGCUGUGUGAGAUUCAGGAGGUGGUAAAGACUGGUCUGUGGGUGGGAGACUGUUUCAUCUACACCAGCUCUGUCAACAAACUCAACUACUACGUGGGAGGAGCGAUCGUCACCAUCGCCCACCUGGACAGAACUAUGUACCUGUUGCGACUGGUGUUGUAUCCCUGUCUGAGGGUGACCGUGACUGUAUCUGGGGACUUUGGGAUGGCCGACAGGGUCCAACCCACCAUCCCUAAAGAGAUGAGGACCAGGGUCGCCGACUUCCUAGAGAAACAGGGUUUCAGGCGGCAGGCCCUGACUGUGUCAACAGACUCAGAACACAGGUUUGAGUUGGCUCUGCAUCUAGGAGAACUGAAGAUCGCCUACCAGCUGGCUGUGGAGGCCGAGUCAGAGCAGAAGUGGAAGCAGUUGGCAGAGCUGGCCACCACUAAGUGCCAGUUUGUCCUGGCCCAGGAGUGUCUGCACCAUGCCCAGGACUAUGGGGGGCUACUGCUGCUGGCCACAGCCUCGGGCAACACCACCAUGGUGGGCAAGCUGACAGAGGGGGGAGAGAGAUGGCUUUCCUCACCUAUUUCCUCCAGGCGAAGCUGUAUCAUAGCUGGCCGUGAUGGGGAGUCCCAUAGGGCGGUGCUCAAUUGGCCUACAGGAGGCCUUCCUGGCCGAAGACUACCUCAGGUUGAGGCCCGCCGCAGAGUACCCUCAUCACAUUCCUGACAAUAUCCAGUAACUUCGCACGGCCAUUGAAGAGGAGUGGGACAACAUUCCACAGGUCACAAUCAACAGCCUGAUCAACUCUAUGAGAAGGACAUGUGUCACACUGCAAGCCCAAUGAGGAUAGGAAUAUCCUGGAGGAAUCUGCAGCCUGUGUGCCAAAAGAGUGUCAGCUAAACCAGAAGUAAAGUCGAAAUCUCACACCUACUGUAAUACUGGACAUGACCAUAGCUGUUGUGUUUAGUGCUACUUACAUAACCCCUAGUUUAGAUACAAUCAUUAAUUUUGAUUUGUCAACUUGUUAUUCAAUCCAAAGUUAAAUCUAGAAUUGGCUUCCUAUUUCGCAACAAAGCAUCCUUCACUCAUGCUGCCAAACAUACCCUUGUAAAACUGACCAUCCUACCAAUCCUCGACUUUGGCGAUGUAAUUUACAAAAUAGCCUCCAAUACCCUACUCAAGAAAUUGGAUGUAGUCUAUCACAGUGCAAUCCGUUUUGUCACAAAACCCCAUAUACAGUG